ACCCAAUUUGUUUGGUUUUUUUUCUUUUUUCUUCACACUCAAUCAAAUCAUUUUUCACAAGUUUACACUGUCACUACAAAUCAAUAAUCACAUAACAAACACAAAAUCAUUCCAAAACCAAAAUGUACCCUCAACAACAACACCACCACCAACAAUACCAAGCUCAACCCUACAAUUUCCAGCAACAACAACAUCAACCCUACUAUUCAUCAUUUCCUGAUCCUUCACUUCAUCCUCCUGGCACUGACCCACUUGCAAAUUCAACAUCUUUUGCACCUCCUGUUUCCAUUUACACCUCCCAACCUACAGAUUAUCAGAAUUGGAUCGUUCCACAAUCUGAACCUAUCAGAUAUGAUCUUGCUGUUGGUUCAUCACACGAGGCUUCAGCAGCACCUGCAAGUUUACCUUCUGUGUGGAAUGGUACAUGGCCACCACAAAUUUAUGGCAAUGAGACUACAACAAUGUUGCCUAACCAAACCAAAGUCACCAUAGCUUUGAGAUGUGAAGUGUGUAAAGUUGAUGUCAAUAGCAAAGACUCUUAUGAUAGUCACAUAGCUGGAAAGAAACACAAGAAGAAUUUGCAGAUACAGACUAAUCCUACUAUUGCAUCUCAUGCGAAUGUACAAACUGACACAAGUAGUAUUCAAGGACAAGCGUUAAUUGGUCCUGUAGCCAAGCAAUCCGAGCCUAAGAAACAGGUUGAUUCUGCAACGGUUUGCUCAACUUGCAAUGUUUUGUGCACUAGUCAAGAUGCAUAUAUCAAACAUCUUGCUGGGAGAAAGCACGCUGCUCAGGUUGCCUUGAUGUCUAAUAAUGGCAUUGGUCCAUCUAUUGCCGAAUUCAAGCGUAACGGUGUUGGUCCAUUUCAAAAAGCUGCUAAGAAAAUCAAGGUUGCUCAAUCUGUAUGGUGUGAAGUUUGCAAGAUUAAUUGUAACAGCAGGGAUAUCUACAUUACACACUUAGCCGGUAAGAAACACUUGAAGACCUUGGAGAAACAGUCAAAUCCAAAAAUCGAUGUCGGCACUAGUGGCACUUCCACCGCCACCACCACCGCCAUCGCACCAAAUACCUUAAUCGGGCCACAAGAAAAGCCAGGUACCGAUCAGCCAAAACCAAAGAAGGCAUCUGAACUUGAUAUUGAGACGAAGAAACGUAAAGUUGUAGAAGGAGGAGCUGCAGUUGAUGGUAUUAAAAUGUGCACUUUAUGCAAUGUGGUGUGUAAUAGCCAGACAGUUUUCAAUUUUCACCUUGUUGGCCAGAAACAUGCUGCUAUGGUGAAGAAGGCAGGGUCGGUCACUGGUUGAGUUCAUUAUUGUCAUCAUGUUAUCCAGACUUUGAGACAGGGUAUACACUAUGCAGUUUCUCAUUGCUAGUGUUUGACUUUCAACAUUUUCAUUGAACGUUUUGUAUAGUCUUUUACUUGUGUUACAGGAACUUAUUAAUGUUUGUGUUUUGGAAUAUAAAUAAUUGAUAACUUCCAUGAUGCAUUGAGGUUUAUAAAAUGAGUUUAAUUGCCAA